CACGUGACACGGAAGUCGCCGAGCCAUCUUUCGCCUACUUCCGCGUUGCUAAUGGUGCUAGCAUACCGCAGCUACCUGGAAACUAGUUAACUUUUGCAUUUUUAUUCUUAUGGACUCGAGUGGUCGUUUUUAGGGCGAACAUUGAAUCUGCGGUGGGGAGUUCACGUCUGCGGGGUUCGGCCAGAAAGCGCUGACUGGCUCAAGGUUGGUUAUCGGUUAAUGCACAAGAUAAAGAGGCUAAAAACUGAGCAUAAAACAGAAGACGGCCAGCGAAGCGUCAAAGAAGCACUGGCAGGAAUGACUGGGAUGCAUGACCUCUCCGACAGCACGGAGGUGGUGGAGAUGGAGGACGUGUACCCCACGCAGUUCCAGGUGGAGAAGCACACAUGGGACGGCCUUCGGAAGAUCAUCCACAGGAGCCGGAAAAGCACCGGCGUGGUCAUCAACAAGGCGCCGCACGACUUCCACUUCAUCCAGAAGGAUGAAACCACUCCACACUCCCACCGCAUCUACUACCUUGGAAUGCCUUACGCCAGCAGGGAAAAUGCAUUACUUUACUCAGACAUUCCCAGGAAGAUUCGCAAAGACGCCCUGCUGGUUCUGACAUGGAAACCCAUGCUGGACCGCUUUCAGGCCAGUCCUCACCACGGGGCUUUCUCCCGGGAGGAGGAGCUGCUCCGGGAGAGGAAGCGUUUGGGGGUGUCUGGGAUCACCUCCUAUGACUAUCAUCAACCGAGCGGCCUUUUCCUGUUCCAGGCCAACAGCAGCCUGUACUACUGUCGGGACGGUGGAAACAACGGUUUAAUUACCUGUCCGGUGAAUCCUGUUGAGAUUAAAAGCCAGAGUUCAGGCACACGUAUGGACCCUAAAAUCUGCCCCGGGGACCCCAAGUUCAUAGGUUUCAUCAACAACAACGACAUUUGGGUGACAAGUAUAGAAACAGGAGAAGAGAAAAGACUGACCUUCUGCCAUAAAGGAGCAGAGAACCCGAAAGAGGAUCCCAGAUCUGCCGGUGUGGCCACUUUUGUUACUCAGGAAGAAUUUGAUCGCUUCACUGGAUACUGGUGGUCUCCUGUUGCUCGUGAAGAGCCCGAUGGUGGAAAGACUCUGCAGAUUUUGUAUGAAGAGGUGGACGAGUCUGAAGUGGAGACCAUUCAUGUCCCAUCUCCAGCUCUGGAGGAGCGCAAGACAGAUGUCUACAGAUAUCCACGAGCAGGCAGCAAGAAUCCUGAUAUUACUCUCAAGUUGGUAGAAAUUAGGACAAACAACCUUGGAAAAAUUGUCAGCACACAGGAGAAGGAGCUGCCCGUUCCCUUCACCAGCAUGUUUCCAAACGUCGAGUACGUCACCAGAGCUGGAUGGACGAAAGACGGGCGAUACGCAUGGGCGGUCAUGAUGAACCGACGACAACAGCAUCUGCAGCUGGUCCUGCUGCCUCCAGCGCUCUUCAUCCCCGCACACGCAGACAAAAGCAGAAGACAAGAAGCUCUGGAGAGCAUCGGAGACUCCGUCCAUCCCUUCAUCAUCUACCAGGAGACGAGCGAUAUCUGGAUCAAUGUCCACGAUAUCUUUUAUCCUUUUUUACAAACCAGUGACGACGAGAUCACCUUCAUCACAGUAAACGAGUCCAAAACUGGUUUCUGCCACUUGUAUAAGAUCACCUCAGUGUUGCAGCGGGGCAGCUUUAACUGGAUGAACGGCUACCGGCACUCUGACGAUGACUUUGUGUGUCCUGUCAAAGAGGAGGUGACGUUGACAAGUGGAGAUUGGGAGGUUCUGGCCAAUCACGGAGCAAAGCGUUCAUGCAGUCCUCAGAUUUGGGUGGACGAAGCAGCAAAGCUGGUUUACUUCCAGGGAACCAAAGACUCUCCUCUGGAGCACCACCUGUACGUGGUGAGCUACGAGUCGCCCGAUGAAAUCGUCCGGCUCACCAAACGAGGCUUCUCCCACAGCUGCUCCGUGAGCCAGACUUUCGACAUGUUUAUCAGCCACUACAGCAGCCUGAACUCCUCUCCUUGUGUUCACAUCUACAAGCUGGUGGGCUCAGACAGCGACCCGCUCCACAAAGAGCCCGAAUUCUGGGCCAGCAUGCUGGAGUCUUCAAAUUUCCACUUUGAAGCCAACUCUCCGGAAAUCUUCAGCUUCACCGGAAAGUCGGGCUUUAAGCUGUACGGCAUGCUGUACAAACCACACAACCUGGUGCCGGGCAGGAAGCAUCCCACCGUCGUCUUUGUUUAUGGAGGUCCACAGGUUCAGUUAGUCAAUAACUCCUAUAAAGGAGUGAAAUAUCUGAGGCUAACUACUCUGGCGUCUUUGGGCUACGCUGUGCUGGUCAUCGAUGGGCGGGGCUCCUGCCAGCGAGGACUCAAGUUUGAAGGAGCUGUAAAGGACAAAAUGGGUCAGGUGGAGAUUGAAGACCAGGUGGAGGGUUUGCACUACGUAGCUGACAAAUACAAAUUUGUGGACCUGAGUCGUGUUGCCAUCCACGGCUGGUCAUACGGGGGCUUCCUCUCCCUCAUGGGGCUCAUCCACAGACCGGAUGUGUUUAAGGUUGCCAUCGCUGGAGCUCCAGUGACCUUGUGGAUGGCGUAUGACACGGGCUACACGGAGCGAUAUUUGGACACGCCUGAUAAAAACCAGAAGGGAUAUGACGACUGCUCUGUGGCUUUGCAUGUCGACAAACUUCCUAAUGAGCCCAACAGACUGCUGAUCCUGCAUGGGUUUCUCGAUGAGAACGUGCACUUUUUCCACACUAAUUUCCUGGUUUCCCAACUUAUCCGAGCAGGAAAACCUUACAGCCUGCAGAUUUAUCCCAACGAGCGCCACAGUAUCAGGUGUCCGGAGUCAGGAGAGCAUUAUGAGAUAACGCUGCUGCACUUCCUUCAGGAGAACCUCUGAUAACCUCCACCGUCUUUUCCUUCACUGCAUCUCUGAUCAUUUUUGCCUUUAUUCCAAACCUGCUUACCGUCUCACUUGUUUUCUGAAUGCAAGCAACGUCAAACCUCAUUAAAGCUAGCAAGCGACUGAAAGGAGCCGCAGUCUGAUCUCUUUUCACAAUUUUUCCGUCACUCUAUUGUGCACAGUUAACUAACAAGCAGAGGGCGCUGUUGAGCCAAACAGGAAUGCACCAAAAGUUCACAGAAGGACCUUCUUUACUGAGCAUUCACUCUGUCUUUUCUUUUUGUUUGGUGCCAAGUCUUUUUUAGCAACUCUUUUUUUUUUUUUCCCCGAAACCCAACUGAUGAAGAUAUUUGCUGUUCUCUGUUUGUAAUCACUAGUGUGAAGUCUGCAAACUCAAAAUCUUAAGAGCACACUCUUAAUCCUCUUUUUUUGUGUUUUCAAUCUGCCUCUGAUGUGCUGUCAGAUUUUUUAUGUGGUUAUACUGGAAAUUUUUAUCAAGUAACGUAAUAAAAAAAAGAUUUACAGAUCUUGAAGUUGUGGAAGUAAGUGGUGACAUGUCGAUGUUUUGCUUUAACUUUCUUGAGAGCUUCUCUGUCCUUUGCUGCUGAAGACUUUUGCACAGUCAAAGACUUUUUGCCUUUGUGCCAACGAACUGAUCAGAAACACGCCGUGUGAAAGAACUGUUGGCAGUCGGAGGUGCCUUUUGGGAGAAGAAGAACACCUCAUGUUGUAAAGUGAUAUCAGGGAGUCUGCUUCAGGACCCGAAACAACCAUAAAACGAAGAAAAAGGCCUUGUUUCUGUCUGACCAACAUCUCUAAGAUGUUCCACCGCAACAUGUAAAUGGAUAAAUGUAUUGUGAGAUUCUGGAAAAGAUAAAGAGAAGUGUACAAUCCUUUU